UGAUCUUGCCCGCUUGGUAUGGGCUUCCGUAUGGCCGUAAACACGGAAUCUUGCAGGCACCACGGAAAGAUGCCUAAGCGACGUUCCACAAUGUCAAAAACAAAUUAGAACCAUUCUUGCCUCGUACCUUAACUUGUAAAACUAAAUAGUCCUUGCAAGUUGAAAUGGUCGUUACCCGAGUAUAGCUUCAUCCAUCAAUCAUGGCUCGCAACUCAUACGCCGUGCUCGGAGUUAAGAAAACCUCGCAUGCACGAACCAUCAAGAUUGCCUACAAUAAGCUCGCAAGGGUUAAACACUCGGACAAGAACCCCGAGAACCCUCGUGCGGCAGAAGAGUUGCAGGAAGUUUGUUUAAGCCUUUUAUUAUUAUGAAUCAACUUUUUUUUUACUAACGGUAGAGUGGCUCGAAUCGGCAUAUGCAAUCCUGAGCGACCCGACCUAACGACUAGAAUAUGAUAGAACUCAUAUAGCAGACUUCGACUUACCUGAACGACUAUCGCAUUCGCAACGCCCGCGAAAGACAAAGAGAAAUGAUGCGAGCGAAAAACAACCCUUAAAGUUACCAUAUAGUGCUUGAGGACAGUCCCUUGACCUUACAUUAUUACGGCUCGGCUAAGACGUAAAGUUGGAUAACCCCAGAGGAGGAAUUGAUGGUCAUGUAAAGGGAGAUUUAAGUUGCGAGCGUCAGAUAAGUAGAAAUGACCAAACCCACAUCACUGAGAUUAGGCCACUCUAUUAGUUUCCCAGUGAGUUGAAACUUUUCAAGAUAAG